AUGAAUAGCGGAGGUCCUCAACAGAAUAACCACACAAGUAUGAAUAAUAAUACAGGUACUGGUGCUAACGCAAAUACCAUCAACAAUUCAAGGUUUUCUGAAGUUCAUCCGAUACCAGCGAAUUGGUUUACCAUUCCCAAUAUUAACAAUAGUGGUAAUAACUUGGAAAACAAUCCAGAAAAUGUUACUAGCGAAAAUGCUACUGGCGAAAAUGGCGCUAGUGUGAACUUGAGACAACAAGAAAAUCAAGUACUUGCUAAUUUACAAAGACAAAGAAUAAGUUUCAUUAAUUCAAGUGAGCAAGCGAAUAGAAGAUUAUUCCAAAUAUUUAAUCCGAAUCACAAUAGCUACGACGAUCGAACCAGUAAUGCCAGUGCGCUUGUUGAUGAAUACACUUUGGAUCAAUAUAAUACACUCGUUCAAGGUAUCAUUAGUAAUUUUAAAGAUAAAUGUUCGCAAACUUUAGAGCAGAUAUGCAAUAAAUUUCACACGAGACAUGUGGAUCUAUUAGAAAAGUUUAAACAGGAUAACCAAAAUUUAAAAGACAUGCAACUAGAAGUCGAUACAGAUAGAAGAAGUAGCAUACCAACUUUAUCUCCAGAGGAUCGUGUUUUGAAAUUACAAGAUAUUAAAAGAUUGGCCAACUUACAAAAAACUAGGAUAAGGUUGGGAGAAAUGGACAUGGCUAGUUUGAAAAGUAUUAGACAAAAAUAUGAACAAAUAAUUGAUAAUUUUUCUAGGGAAUUUGCUCAAAAAUUCCAUGGUAUUAUUGAAAAUGAUAAUCAAUUUAUGAACUUUAAAACAUUAAUUAAUAAAUAUUUAAAAGAAGUUUACGCUUUGAAGUAUUUUAAGGCUACGAACAACAAUGAUUUAGGAAACACUACUAACAUCGAUAUUAGGACACCAACUACUGUCUCCUUCGUAUCUAACAAUCAAUUGACUUCCAACACAUUGAACGGUAAUAAUGUGCACCAUAUUGGUAAUUUUGGGUUUUUAUCAACAUUUUCUAAUGGUAGUAACCUGGUAGUAAAUAACGACGAUGGAAAUGCCACUGCCAAUAUAGUUCCAGAAAAAAAAAAAUUCCCGUUAAAUAAAGUUCCUUUGGAAAUUAUGGGGCUAAUAUUAGAAAGAAUAAAUAAGAAAUCGGAAUUGGUAAUGUUAUUGCCUGUUUGUAGGGCUUGGGCUGAAAUCAUUGUAAAAAUUAUUUAUUAUAGGCCCCAAUUAGAUAAAAAACAUCAAUUGGAUGCAUUUAUGGAAACUAUGGUUAAGUUAGGUUCACAGACUGUUUUUGAUUAUAGAUUCUUCAUUAAAAGAUUGAAUUUUUCAUUUGUUGCCGAUCAUAUUACCGACGAAAAACUACUCCACUUUACAGGGUGUCCUAAUUUGGAGAGAUUAACCCUAGUGUUUUGUAGAAACGUUACUUCUUCAUCUAUUUCUUCAGUUUUGACUAAUUGUACCUAUUUGCAAAGUGUCGAUGUUACAGGUGUUAAACAGAUCAACGAUAAUAUAUUUAACACUUUGGCCUAUGAUUGUCAAAGAGUGCAAGGUUUCUAUGUACCUCAAGCAAGUUUAGUUUCCUAUGACGCUUUAGAUACCUUUAUAACACAUGCGACAUAUUUGAAAAGAAUUAAAAUAACAGCUAACAAACGAAUGAAUGAUGAAUUAGUCGAAAAGAUGGCGCAUAUGUGCCCAUUAUUGGUAGAAGUUGAUAUCAGUGAUUCGCCAAAUGUCCACGACGAAAGUUUGCUAGUUUUGUUUUCUAAAUUGAGUCAAUUAAGAGAGUUUAGAAUUACACACAAUACUAACGUAAGUGAUAAACUUUUCUUGGAUUUAUAUAAAUAUGUUAAGCAUUUGCCUGCUUUACGACUAGUGGAUAUUAGUGCUUGUGAAAAUAUAACUGAUAAGGGCAUUGAAAAACUAGUUGAUAUGUCGCCAAAGUUAAGGAAUGCUUUUUUGGGUAAAUGUAGUAAGAUAACAGAUCGUUCAUUAUUUGCUUUAUCAAAAUUAGGCAAAAAUUUACAAACCCUGCAUUUUGGGCAUUGUUACAACAUCACUGAUCGCGGGGUACAAAGAUUAACUUCUCGUUGUAUCAGGUUGCAAUACGUGGAUUUUGCUUGCUGUAUAGAGCUAACUAACAAAAGCCUAUACGAAUUGGCAGACUUACCCAAGUUAAAACGUAUUGGUUUGGUUAAAUGUUCACAGAUUACCGAUGAAGGUUUGUUAAACAUGGUCAGCAUGAGGGGUAGAAAUGACACAUUGGAAAGAGUACAUCUUUCAUAUUGUACCAACUUAAGCAUAUAUCCUAUUUAUGAGUUACUAAUGGCCUGUCCAAGAUUGUCUCAUUUGUCUUUGACAGCCAUCCCAUCAUUUUUAAGGCCUGAUAUUACCACCUUUUGCAGAGCACCACCUUCGGAUUUCAGUGAAAACCAACGUCAAAUAUUUUGCGUUUUUAGUGGCAAAGGUGUCCAAAGAUUACGUCACUACUUAAUGAGCAUUAUUACACCAACAAGUUCUCCUCAAACUUCCAUCAAAGAGGUUUUGUUGAACUAUUUGUACACUUAUGGUUUAUGUAAGAACGGCGAGACUCCAAACGAAGCAUUAGAAAGGCUAUCUAUCGAGGUUGACCAAGAAUCCGUAGCUAUUUUGACUGCUGCACAGGCUAGCCCAUUCACCAAUGCAUCCUUGAAUAAUGAGAACGAAUUGCAAAAUAUGAAUUUUGAAAGAUUAGAAGAAGUUUUUGGUGCAUUCCAUCCAGUUCCGCAAGAUGCACUUUUGACCACAGAUUUAGCAAACCAGCUAGUCUUGCAACUUGAUCACGAAUUUGUAGAUAAUCCGUUAUAUAACGAUUUUGAUAAUUCUGGUAGUAGUGAUGAAAGCAAUGGAAACAACUUUUACUAUCACUAUGACGAUCCUGUUUUCACAGUUGCGCCAGGAGCAAGUAGACAGAUAAAUAUGGAGUUAUGUGAAAUUGUGAGAAAGAUCGCAUUAUUGCAAAAAAAAAUAGCUGAUUUUGAAGUUAAUGUGGCCAGUAUAUCGAGAGUCCAAUUUCAAUUUGCUGGAUGUUUAAUUAACACAAUGGUUUCUAUAUAUAAUGAAAUGCAUAAUUUAAAUAGGAAAAUUGCACGUUUACAAAGUUCUAUAUAUAGUAACGGUAGUGGUAUUGAUAACGAGAGGGAUCUAAUAGGUAUUGCAUUUUGGAGAUUUUGGUGGAGGAAAAAGAUUUUUGAAUCAUUUGCUAAUUAUAGAUUGAGUACUGUUGCAUUAAGGUUGUAUUUGAAAGAAAAUAUUGCUGCUUUAACCAGAUAUAGAGAGAUUUCGAUAGCAAGAUAUCGUGAGCAAUGGAAUGAAACAAAUGGUGAUAAUCUCGUGACUAAUAAUGAUAAUAAUACUAAUGAUAAUAAUAAUACUAAUAACAGCGGUAAUAACAGCAUCCAGGGAGAUGGUGGUUCGAGUGACGAUCUAGGUUCUAUAUCCACUGGGCUUGAAGGAUCAGGUAGUGGUGAUGGAAAUCCCGGUAUUUCGGAAAGCACUGAAGCCUUUAAUGUGGAGUUAGCAAGAAGAUUAAGAAAUCAUAGAAACGACAAUGGUUUACCACCACCACAAUUGCAACAGCAACCUUUAGUUAAUAUUGACAACACUCAGAAUAUGAGUAAUUUGAGGCAUCCAUUUUUCAUAACAAGAAAUCAAUAUUUAGUGCCUGAUGAGACUGGUACGAUUAUUGAAAGGACGUUCCAAUCGCUACCUCUGCCUUCAGGCGGGCAAGAGCAACAACGAUUGACUGGUUUAGGUGUGACAAUGAAUAAUAAUAAUAAUAAUAGUAAUAAUAGUAAUAUUGCUAGAGUUUCUAUUAACACUAAUAAUGUUUCUAAUUUUACUCCCAAUUCCGCACCCAUUCCGAUUACCAAUAGCAAUGAUAAUAAUACCGAGCGUCCUGCAACACAAACUGAAACUAUUGUUCCCGAUCAUGAGGUGGAAUUGAUCAACCGUGAUGUUGAUUCAAUGAUGGAAGACUAA